CCAUAUAGACCUUGUUCUUCAUUUUACAAAAAAAUGGGCUCAAAAACCCAAAAACUUCCUCUAAUAAACUUGUCCAAUUUGAGAGAGGAAAACUGGGAAUCUGUGAAAAUCCAAGUAAGGCAAGCAUUGGAAGAAUUCGGUUGCUUCGAAGCUAUAUAUGAUCAUAUCCAUCUUCAUCUCCAAAAAAAAGUUCUUGAUGGAUUGAAACAACUGUUUGAUCUUCCUUUACAAGUCAAAUUAUGCAACAAAGCACAAAAGCCUUACCACGGCUAUGUUGGACAAAUUCCGAGCCUCCCGCUCUACGAAAGUUUGGGGAUCGAAGACGUGACGUCUUUCACUAACCUCAUGUGGCCCGAAGGCAAUCCAUCUUUCAGGGAGACUAUUCAAUCCUAUAGAGAGAACUUGGUGGAAUUAGACAAGAUUGUGAGGAAGUUGGUGUUGGAAAGCCUUCAACUAGGGAAAUACAUGGAUGAUCACCUGAACUCGACCAACUACGUUGUUCGAGUUCAGAAGUAUGAUAGCCCUCCAAACCAUGAGGCCGGUCAACCGGGAUUAUUACCUCAUACAGACAAGAACAUUCUCACUAUAUUGCAGCAGCUUAAUCAGGUUUGUGGAUUGGAAAUUCUCACUAAAGAUGGCAAAAAUUGGAUCAAUGCACAACCAACUUCUCCCUAUUCUUGCUUUGUCUUUGUUGGAAUCUCUUUCCAUGCAUGGACAAACGGCCGAUUGCAUUCUCCCCUUCACAGAGUGACGCUGACCGGGGACGAAGCUCGAUACUCGAUUGGAUUAUUUUCGGUCCCGAAAGAGGGGAGCAUAAUCAAAGCCCCAGAUGAGAUGGUGGACGACGAUCACCCUUUACUCUAUAAGCCCUAUGAUCAUCACAAGUUUAUUGAAAUUACUAGCUUAGAGGCUUCUCCAAAUUCUCUCAAGGAUUAUUAUGGAGCCUAAACUCUACAUAUUUAUUGAUAAUCUUGAACAAAUUUAUGUUAGUUAAUUUAUUUAUAUAUAUGCGUGUGUUAAAUUAUUAUGCAUAAUAUGUAAAACUAUUCCUAAUAAGUUCCUUAUUUAUCUGGUCAUAGUUAAAACACAUGUUUUAUCAAGUGGUUGUAGAGGCUCCAGGGCGUGGUCCGAAAUCUAAUGGGCCUUGGGUUUAGAUUUGUAUAGAUACGUUGUUGGA